CCGGCUUUUCCCAAGCAAUGCUUUAGAUGUGCCUUGUUGAUCUGCAACCGGUAAUGGAACAUACGCCCGUUUCCUCGCCCACGCCGGUAACAAGUGGUGUGAUAGUACAGCAGCAGAGUUGUGCACAGGUAGACGAUGGUAGUGUUAGUGGUAUUAGCUUACUGGGGGGUGGUCCCGCGAGUAGCGUAGGUGGUAGUCUUUCCGACAGCAAUCUUAGCUCAACGACGGCGACGAUCGCAGCGGUAGGGAUUCCCCCGGGCGCCAUUCCGGUGACGCCGAUUCACCAGAAGCCGAAAAUCACCUCGUCGGCGGCCGGUUCUACGACCGCCACGCCGGUUAAAGGGGCGGCUGUUGGAGUCGUGCAGCCGUUGACGACGGCGGCGGCCACCUCGUGCGUGCCCAGCCCGGUGUUGAGCCCCCCGAGAAAGAUCUGGGGCAGGAACAAGAACAACACAAUGGUAGAAACAGCUACCCCGUCCAACGAGGCUGAACUCCAGCUUUAUCGCGUGCUGCAAAGGGCAAGUCUGUUGAGUUACUUUGACACGUUGCUCGCCAUGGGUGGAGAUGAUCUCGAACAAUUUACAAGUUCUUCGCAGGAAUUUAUGGAAAUUGUAGACCUGGUUGGUAUGCAGUCGAAGCCCCUCCACGUGCGGCGUCUGCAGAAGGCGCUCCAGGAAUGGAUUGCGAAUCCGUCCGCUUUCCAGACACCGCUCGCGAGUAUGGACACGCCGUGCCGGUACUCCUACAGUCCCGGACCGGUUCCGUUGGUGAGCAACGUAACCGCCAGCUACCCACCAGCAGCAGCCGCAGCAGCAACUCCUUAUGCACCCACUUCUAGCUUCGUGGGGAAUCCAUCUUCUAGUACAAACCUCCAACCGUCCCCGAUAGGACACCAGGCAUCCGGUAUGAGCAGUGUCAUCAACAGUAACGUGGUCAGUCCAAUUGGAUCGACUACGACCAACUCGUUGCAGCUGACUCCCAGCCUGACCGAGGAACAAAUCGCUAAAAUCACCGCCAAGUCCUUCCAGCUAGCCCAAACCAUUCCCCAACAGCUGGAACCUCGGCAACAGAACGUCAAGAAGCGCACAACCCGAGACCUGGAGCAGGUGAUGGCUAUGAACGAGAGCGACCCCCGGCGGAUGGACGAGAUCCGGAAGUAUUCCGCUAUUUACGGCCGCUUCGACUGCAAACGCCGUCCGGAGAAGCCACUGACUCUGCACGAAGUUUGCGUGAACGAAGCUGCCGCUCAAAUAUGCAAGUACGUUCCGGCUCUACUGACCCGCCGGGACGAGCUGUUCCCACUGGCACGCCUGGUCGUCAAGGAGUGCGGCUUCGGACAUUCGGCCAGCAUCCGUCUGACCGGACUGUGUCCAUCGCAGCCCAGUCGGCACGACGAGAUGGACCCGGCCCAGCAGAUGAAGCGGGCCCGCCUCUCCAGUGAAACCAGCUCCGACCUCGGAAAGGAAAACUCCGAUGACAACCGGGACCUGUCCUCAACAUCGCUGUACCAGCACAUGACCGGCGAGAAGCCUUUCGACCUGACCGACUCAAGUAAAUUUUCAUUCACUCGAUCCGAAUUUGAUGACGCAGAUUCUCGAUUUAGUUUUAGCAAUUCAAGUUCGUCACCAGUUCAAGCUGGAAAUGGAAUCGACCGAGAUCUGAACGAGCACGACUUCGCGGAGAACCUGCGCCACUCGGUCCGCGGCCCGUUGAUUCCCCACGAGAGCGCGCUCGGCGUGCAGGUCAUUUCGUCGUCCGGUGGGCACAUCAUUGCCGUCGCGAACCCCGCGCUGGCCCUCAGUCCGGCUCUCAGCGAGGCCAUCACCAUCAAGCGGGAGGCCAUGUCGCCGGAUUUAUAACGUGGCCACCGGAAGAGGACUGCUGCCGCGGAAGCUGCUGGGGGGCGAUUUUUAUAAGUACGAAUUUUGAAAGUCUCACAGAUUCAUUCAGAUAGGAAAAUUUUGGUCAGAGUAAAAUUUUUGCUAAGAGUAUAAAAUUUGCACACCUAGUCUACAAACUUUCACAAAGUUUGGAAUAUUUUUGGAAAUUCAAAAUUACCGACAAUGACGACAUUUCGCAAUUGUGAGAUUCACAUUAAAAUUUGUUUAACGUAAAGACUGUUUCUUAGGUUCAUUUAUCUUUGUUUUUGUUAGAUGCACUCGACUUAGACUCAAUUCGUUCAUUUUACAAGAACACUUAAUUUUGAGUAAAAAUGAUUGCAAAACAGUAAUCCUGAGACUGUGUAAAUCUUUUUUUCAGACUGUUUAUUUCUCUGUUUAGUUUUCUUUUUUUAUUAUUAUUGUAAACGUUAUCAAAGGGGUCUGUAAAUAAAACAUUACACAUUUAUAGCUGUGUAUAAUUUCGUAGCUGUAAUACAGUUUUAUUAUUGUGUAAUCGAAAUAAACUUUCAUGUGUAUAAAAACAUUACACAACUGAGAAUGAACAUUUUGUACAAAAAUCAGCCGGUACGUUCAAAAAUAAAACAAACGAUCAGAUAUUAAACAAAUUGGAACACUCAUUUUAUCAAAACUCCAUCACUGAAUAAAACUUCUAGAUUAA